AUGAGUAAAUUGCUGGUAGCUUAUGAGGGAUUGCUUCAAAAGCAUCCGAAGAAAACCAAUGCGAUAAUGACUGGGACUCUUUUUGGAGCGGGAGAUAUCAUUGCACAACUGGGUUUCUCGGAAAAAGGUCCUGAUGGCAAGGGAGCGAAGUAUGAUUAUGCCAGAACCGCCAGAUCUGUCAUCUACGGAUCACUCAUUUUUUCAUUCAUGGGUGACAAGUGGUUUAAAUUCUUGAAUAACAAAGUGAAUCUUCCUAACACGCCCAAGACUCACUGGACCAACAUAGCUUUCAAGGUUGGUUUCGAUCAGAUGACAUUUGCUCCCACGGUGAUUCCAUUUUACUUUGGAUGUCUAACGUUAAUGGAGGGCAAGAGUUUAAAUGACGCACAGAAGAAAAUCCAAGACAGAUGGUGGGAUACCCUGAGAGCCAAUUGGGCAGUUUGGCCAGCAUUCCAAUGCGUUAACUUCACUUUUGUCCCCGUACAACAUCGACUGUUGGCUGUAAACGUCGUGGCGAUCUUUUGGAAUACCUUCCUGUCUUACAAGAACUCUUUGAGCACUUCGGGAGAAAAAAAGACCCCCGUUUAUUCGCCACCGAUAGUCGAUUGA